AUGGAGAAAGAACGCUUGGUCACAUUGCCAGCCACAGCAAACGUCUUGGCCGCUGUCGAAACAUUUGGUGGUGGUGUCCACCGUGUGGUUGUGACCAAAGAAUCCAACGAUAACGAGGUGGUUGGAAUCUUCAGUCAAUUUCGACUCGUCAAAUUCUUGUGGGAGAAUGGUCGCAGUUUCCCUGCUAUUGAUGAGCUUUACCCACAAGCUUUGAAUGCUCUACGGCUUGGAUCGCACGAUGUGAUAUCUAUCAACGGCGAUAAACCUCUCAGUGAAGCCCUUCAGGCCAUGGAAUCCGAGGGGAUUACUUCGCUUGUUGUAGUGGAUAACCACAUGAACGUGAUUGGCAAUAUCUCUACUACAGACGUCAAGCUCCUGACUCGGUCCUCUUCAUUACCCCUUCUUCAAAAUACCUGCACACACUUCAUCUCUGUGAUCCUAUCCACCCGCGGCCUGAUCGAAGGCCAAGACUCCUUCCCUGUUUUCCAUGUGAACCCGAGCUCGACCCUGGCGCAUACGGUUGCAAAGCUCGUCGCGACUCGAUCGCAUCGGCUCUGGGUGACCGAUCCGCUAUCCCCACAGUCAUCAGGACCGCCAACUCCUUCGGCUUCGACCGUACAUGUUCCUCUGGCUACACCAAACUCUGGCCCGACACUACCCAACACUGCCGUGUCCCCACCGCCAUCUCCUCUCCCUCCAGCUACCACAACUGUACAGCUCCCUGACCAUGCCAUGCCGCACCUCCCGACACUACCGCAGCCUUUUACAGGCAACGGUCCAUUAUCUCACUCGGGCGGAAUUACACCCCCUCUCGCACCUUCGAUCCCAGCCUCUUCUUUACCCGGCGCCCGUCUAUCAGGACGCCUGGUUGGCGUAGUCAGCUUGACAGAUAUUCUCAACUUACAUGCCCGGGCCACGGGCCUCAGUCCCGCAGACCCGGCCGAGUCUCGACGCCGACGACGCAGCAGCUCCUCGAGCAUGCAAUUCCGCCGCAGCGGGGAGGCUGGCCGCGAAAUGUUCAGCCGAGGCGGCAUGUAG